CUUGUUAUUGCUCUUGCUGCUUCUUUCUACUUUCCGCAGAAAACACCUACCACUUUCCGUGGACACCGUGGACUACGGCCGGCACGCUCGACGGAUACGCUGCGUGUACAAGUACGAACACCUUUACCUUGGGUGAUUUGAUCAAGCGCAGUGGCUACAAUCUUGCUGCGAUAACCGCACCCUUUGCCAGAAGCACAUCCGGAAUCGCCGAAGGCAAUCAAGUCGUGUUGUGCACCGAGUAGGGAUUUGCGGCCUCACCAUGAUCAACACGGGCAAACUAGCUGGGAGGACACUCUUCAUCACGGGCGCCAGCCGAGGGAUCGGCAAGGAGAUUGCCCUGAAAGCCGCCAAGGACGGUGCCAACGUGGUAAUUGCUGCCAAGACGGCCGAGCCCCAUCCUAAGCUUCCAGGCACCAUCUAUACAGCCGCCAAGGAAGUGGAAGCUGCGGGAGGCAAGUGCCUUCCCUGCGUCCUUGACGUCCGCGAUGAGGAACAGGUCAAGAGGGCCGUCGGGGACGCCAUUUCCAAGUUUGGCGGCAUCGACAUCCUGGUCAACAACGCGAGUGCCAUCAGUUUGACGCAGACACAGAGCACAGAGAUGAAGCGCUACGACCUGAUGCACUCUGUGAACGUCCGCGGCACAUUCCUCACCUCCAAGUACUGCAUUCCCCACCUGAAGAAGUCCAGCAAUCCGCACAUUCUCAUGCUCAGCCCACCGCUCAUCAUGAAACCAAUCUGGUUUCAAAACCACCUAGCUUACUCUAUGUCCAAGUACGGAAUGUCCAUGUGUGUUUUGGGCUUGUCCGAGGAGCUGCGUGCAGAUGGCAUUGCCGUCAAUGCUUUGUGGCCUAAGACAGCUAUCCACACAGCAGCCAUAGAGAUGCUCAUGGGUGCCGAGCACGGUCAAAGCUCCAGCCGCAAGCCUACCAUCAUGGCCGAUGCUGCGUAUGCUAUCCUGACCAAGCCCAGCCGGUCUUUUACUGGCAACUUCUGCAUCGACGAACGGUUGCUGAAAGAAGAAGGGGUCAAGGACUUCGAACAGUAUUCGUGUGUGCCUGGCUCCAAGCUACAGCCAGACUUCUUCAUUCCGGAUGACGUCCUCGCCGAGUUUGACCAGCAGCAGGUGUCGUCGCUGGGCAUUGGCGGUACCAGCGCAGCAGCCUCACCACCGUCUUCCACAUCUAAUAGUCCUGCUGCCAGUGACGGAGUCGAUGGAAUCGUGCAGAAGAUCAACCAGAAGUUGAGCCCCGAGCUGGUUGCCUCUACUAAAGGGCUGUUUUUGUUCCAAGUUAAAGGUGGUGAUGACUUCUUCGUAGACCUCCGAACGGAAGGGGGUAGCGUUGGCAAAGGCCAGCCGUCGGAAGGCAACUCGCCUGACGUCGUAUUUACCAUGGACGCCGACAGCCUGCUCAAGAUGUUUGCAGGCAGUCUGAAGCCAACGGCAGCCUUUAUGAGCGGCAAGAUGAAGAUCAAGGGCGACAUGGGGAAGGCCAUGAAACUCGAAAAGCUUAUGGGCAGCUUCCGAGCCAAACUCUAGAAACCAACCGAGCCUUAUGCUUUUUGUUUGGCAACUACUUCGGCAUGUUUCACCGACUCCGGUCUGUGCAGCCAAGCAGAAGGAAGAUCACAAAGGCUAGACACCAACAGCGCCACCCGCUUCAUGAACGUCGCUGGUCAACCAGAUUUUUCAGCUUACCUCGACGCAGAGACUGUGUCAACAUUUGCUGGAUCAAAUGUAGUGCGUGAUCUCGCAUUUCGUUCAACUCCAGCGCGUUUGGUGCUUCCAGCGACCUCGAGAGGCAUCGGCAAGACAACAUAAUUAUGUGCAGUGGCUCGAGUCGUAUCUUGAACUUCCUAGUGUGGAAGCUUUUUGAUCAAUUCAUUUUAUGAUCGGGUCCACCUCAUCGGGAACAUAGCAAUGUGGAAGUUUGUUAGUGUAACAAAGGGUGUGGUGAAGACAGCGUCUUAUGAAUAAGGUUAAUUUUGCUUUUUCUCGGUUUCGGUUCUUCAGAUGUCUAGAGUGUCACUGAUGGUUAUAUCUUAUCGCUUGAUGAGAUGUGAUUUUAAUGGAAAUGUGGCAUUCAUUCGCAUGAUGGAGCAACUGUCUGGAAUAGGAACAAGUGUUACUUUAUACAUUUUGAAAUGUUUACCUUGCUCACUAGGAUGGACAUUAUAUCUGCACUAAUGGCAUUGAUUGCAUUAAUUCUUGAUGUUAAUCAAGAAAUAUUUUUAUACUGGAAAAUGAAUGCUGUCAGUUUUUUAGUUGUGUUGUUGCAACACUCUUCAUAGCAUCUAGACUAUCUUUUUUUUGUUACCAGGGCCUAAUAUUUUGCUUUAUGUAAAAAUAUUAUGCGGCUUUUACAUAUGAAGCUGUAUGCUUGUAUGCAUAGAAAAAAUGUGAGUAGUUUUGUUUUCAAAGCUGAAUCUGUUACUGUAUAUAACACACUCGUGUGCCUUAAGAGAACUGUUAUGCCUUAUAGAACCAUUCUGCUGUGCAAUAUGAAUAGCUAAAGUAUUUCGUAUAACCUCUAACUGAUGUUGGUUGUUUGCAAGGUGUAAUGAACUGGAGUGUCUUACAGUGAUAGCAUGUGUUGUCAAACUGCUGUGCAGUGGAAAAUUAAAGCUUGAAAUCUUUUAAGUGGUGGCUACACUGGUGGAGAGAUGCCGCAAGCAAAUGCUCACAUUAUUACGCAUCUGUGGUGGUACGUACGGCUGCACCGGUCCUAGGCUAGUCCACAACGAUGGUGAAACAAUACUUGCAGUUAAUGUGGAGUCUCCAUUUUAAAAAGACUGAAAAACACUUUUCUAAAUAGUCCUCAAGUGGCUUCACUAAAAGAGCAUGUCGUCUCACGUAUUGGCUGCCCUGAAAAUUUUUUAGAGUCCAUCAAGUACUAAUGGAGUUACAGAAACUUGUUGCAUUCUUCAAGCGCUCUCCUUCUUGUCUUCGUACUAAUGAGCUCUCUGAAAGCUUGCAAGAAAUAUGUGUCCCUUCAUGGCUUACUUUAAGUUUGAUCGCGGCCAGGCACGUAGCGCCAUCCCGUGGCGGCCACGGUCACUAUGCAGCUAUCAGUGCUCAAUUGAGCCAAUGGCUAUAAACUUUGAGUUAUGUGGCGUCAUGUAUUCCGAAAGGAGGGAGUGGUUUGCGAAUGGGAGAAUCAAUUUUUCGUUCCAGGCCUUAUGCUGCACUGAUGUUUGGCUCGCAUACUCUCGGAGGCGUUGACUACAAAUUGGCAGCAUUUUCUGACCAUGCUCAGAAAGUGUUGCAUGGCCCCUUAUAUUAGCGAAGAUUACAGGCAGAGUUUGAAAGGGGGCAGUAGUAUCUUUCGUAGGCCAAUAGGCUGUGAGAUUGCCACGCCGUCUAGCCUUUCUUGGCAAGCAACAACUACGGUUCCGAAAACUGUAUUUUUUACGCGAAGUAAAAUUGUUGCCUCUUCAUCGGCCUCUACAAUGUGUACCACUAAUCAUGCUCUGUGCGCAUUUACUUACUCGGCACAAAACGAGAAGCAGCAGAAUAAUAUGGAAGUGAUGGCCAUUUACAAUUGAGAAUAAUAAAGUCCAUUAAGUGUGCUUAUAAUUUAAGUGCACUUUUGGGCUUGGUGCGGGCUAAGUGGAUCGGCUCGGUAUGGGAUGUUUGUGCAUCCAAAGGGCUUUUUUUUUUUGUGCGCAAGGUACAGUCUGCUUGGUUCUUGCAUUUGUUGCAUGCGUGCACGUUCAGGUGAAGGUUACCUAAUCUUUGCCUCAUUAACAAUUCUUCUACUGAACUCUGUUCUAAAUCACAAGCCAACUGACUCGAGAUUGUCUUGAAGUCCUAUGCCAUGGCAUUUGUGCAGCUUCGGGACAGAAUAUAUGUAUUUCGAUAUGGUGUGGUCAAUGUUGGUUCUUUGUGCUCGGCAUGUCAAGCUGACAUUGUGUUGAAACAAUGCUCACAUGCCCUGAGCGUAAGCGAAUGAGCUAUCGCUGAAUGAAGCAAUGAAUGGUGAAGCCAUUUCAUUAUUUUUUGGUAAAAUUUUUGAAGAUGCCUGCAAAAGAUUGCUUUCUUUGCACUAAACUCAAUUUUACUCAAGAGCUAGUGUUAUCAGCAUGCUUUGCUUUGAACAUGGGAAUAUCCUGCAUUACAGCAGACUUUCAUUGCAUCCACUUUGUUAGAUUCUAUGUAUAAUGGACAGAUGUGUAUGCUCCUUCAACAUUGUACACUAGAGAAGGUAGCCUGCACAACAGGUAGUAUCAUGAGACUCCAUCCAAUUGUUGGAGGGCGAAUUUCGUUAGCAUCUAAAAGUGCCUGUGCUGACAUCAGCUAUGUUCUUGUACAUGUGCUGUUGAACCAAGAUACUAUGUGGGUCUUACUGCUCAAGCUGACUCCAGGAACAAAAAAUUUUCAUGAAGCAGAGAUUUUGGGCAGCGUAAGGAGUGCAAAGAUUUGUUUCUAGUUCUCUUUACCUUUGAGUAUGUAAAAGGUACUAACAAUCCUUCUGAUGUAUAGUAAUGGUUUAAUAAAUCUUGGCUGUACAAAUGUA